AGGACUGGACGCGGUCGUGGACCAAACCUUUCCCCAAAAUUUCCCCUUCACCCAGAACCAACGAACACUCGAUCCGAUCCCGAUCCCUGCAGGGCUCCUCCGCGGCUCCCCGAUCCGACCCCGGAUCUGCUCGUAGCUCGACAGGAGCUCUCGAUCGGGCAAGCAUGCUGCAUCAGGAAAACAGUGAGACUUUUGUGAGGCGCCACUCCGAACAGCUUGCAUGUGGCAACAUGAGGGGACCAGAGAAUGGUCGUCCGAAUUUCCUUCUUGAGAAAUGCCAGAUUGCAGUUUGUCCCAAAGUUUGUCAAAGGGGCGAAAAAGUUGGCCCAUGCGAUGAAGAGUUGGUACAUGGUGUUCAUGUAGCCAAUGCUGCUGUUUGCCCGCCAUUGAUGGAAAGUGGUGUCAGAGAAGCAACGAUGAUGGAUCAUAACAAGCGACCUGCAUCCGUUGACAUGCCGGACAUAGUUGAAUGCAAGCGGGUGAAGCUGGAAGAUCAGAUUAUAUCCAAGAAGGACACCUAUACAGCAGAUGCUGAUGAGGAUGUUUGUGAGUAUCCCACAUACACAACAUGUGAAAGAAGCUUCGACUCUCCGGCAUACGAGAGUGAGGAAAGUGAAGAUGAGGGUGUAGAUUCACCUGUCCAUUUUUCACUUGCUCAUACUUGUGUCGAAGACGACCUAUGGCCUGCCAGUUUUCAUCAAUCUGCUGGUCUUUGCCCCACUAGGAAACCUGUUCCAAUUGGGCCAAAUCAUCAGGCUGAAUUACCGGAGUGUAGACCAUCUGGUACAAAGAGCAGCUCCUUUGGUGAUAAAGUUGUUGUUUCAGCACCCUCUUAUAUGUCUGAUGGAAGAAAUGAAGAAGAUGAGAGUGACAAGUGGAUCAGAAACUGUGUCAUGCCAAUGCCUGGUACUGAUGCAUUAUCUUUGAUGCGGAAACAUGUUUACUGUAAGGAAGAUUGUGAUUGUGUUGAUGAAGAUUCAAUCAAUUGUGUGAGGAAACAUGUGAGGGAAGCAAGGGAAAAACUGAAAGGUGCCCUUGGCGCAGAUACCUUCAAGGAGUUGGGAUUCUAUGAUAUGGGAGAGGAGAUAGCCUCGAGAUGGACAGAAGAAGAGGAGCAUUUGUUCCAGGAAGUGGUCUCGUCAAAUCCUGCUUCUCUGCGCAGAAAUUUUUGGUAUGAACUCCCUCUUGCCUUCCCAUGUAAGUCCAGCAAAGAGUUAGUGAGCUACUACUUCAAUGUCUUCAUGUUGAGGAAGAGGGCUGAGCAGAACAGGUUUGAUCCAAUGAACAUUGACAGUGACGAUGACGAAUAUCAGGUAGGUGGUGAUGGUGAGUUUGCUAUCAAAGAAAGAGCUGAUGAAUAUUUGCCUACUGAGUCCCUUACCGAUCAAGAUGAUGGUGCAUGCAAUCAAGUUCCUCCAGGGGGGAAUUUUUAUGAAGAUUCCGAUGAGGAGGAUGAGCUUGAUAAUGCAAAUGGAGACAAGCAUGAUGGUGUGCAGGGGGGUGGCAUGUUGUCAGAGGGUCUUCCUGUCAUGCCUUUUAUGGACCAUAAUCAACAGGCCUUCAAGUUGGAUGCAGAUGCACAGGAUGACUCGUGCACAUCAUUCGAGGCUCAUCAGAUUGGCGUUGAAGAUGGGACACCUACUGACAUUGCUGAAGAUCAUCACUACAGGAACGACGGUUUUGGUGGUGUUGGGGAACAUGGAUUCUUUGGUGACCAUUGUGACACAAAAGUAUGGGAAAUUGGUUUCACCAGCGGGUGGGAGAAGGAUGAAUUUUUGUCAACAAACAAUGUCAUAGAAGAGGUGUUUGGAAAGGGGUCCUGGGAAAAUGGAAGUGACGCUGCUGGUGGUCAGGGCAUUAUCUAAGCCGAAGGCGGAGGCUUCUUUUCAUCAGCGAAACCUUAGCAGUUCCACCUGCUUUCAAAAUUUGUACAGCAGUAGUUCCUCAUUUUGAUUCGAUGUCUCGCUUCUUUAUAGGAAUCUCAUCCUUGUCCCUGGAACAUCUGCUUGAGAAACGAGAUUUCGGUCUCAUGAUGAUUAAUGCAAAUCAAAUCCGUAGAUGAUAUUGUCAUCUGUCGAUGAUCUGCUGUAGCCUGUAGCCUGUACGUAUUGUUAUGACACUGUCUCUGGACCUGAGCAUUUUUUCCAUGUGCUAGCGAGGGUCAUGUAAUAAAAGCUGUUAUUGUUCCUUGA